UAGUUUAAUUCUGAGGGCAAUCUGAUUUCCAGGCUCUUAGAGGGAAACUGACUGCAGCCCCUAUGUGCUGUCGAUACUUAAUUAUAACAGUAAUAUCUAAUAAUACUAAUUCAUGCUGAUUCCUACACAUUUUUACAUCUUUUGUAAAAAAACAUAUGCAAUAAUUAACUCAGUAUUUUAGAGAGACUCACUUAGCUUUUUCCCAUUAGCUAAGCUCAUCUUUCUACUAUUUUAACAUACUAUUUGUGUCUCUGUUUUGAAUUUUUUAUGGCAUUUCUCAUGUCUGAAAAUGUCAUAAUUAUCACUAACUUCUUUGACACUUCUGCAAUUUCCAAGGCACUCUCCUUUACACUAUUUCAUUCAAUGUCCCCAACACUCCCAGGAGGUAGGAAUUAGAUCAUUUUACAGAUGAAGAAAUCAAGACUCAGUGAAGUCAGGUGUCUUAUAGCUAGUUAGGUUUUGUUCAUUCAUUCAUCAAAUAUUUAUUGAGUGCCUGAAGUGAGAUUUAUUCAGGCUGGAUUUGGAAACAGUUAUCCUGAAUUCAUGUUAAGGGCUAUUCCAGUAUUCUUAACACCUUUAUCAUCAGUCAUACACUCAAAGGAAAGAAAGAAUAAUAGUGUUGAUUAUAUUCUUGAAGAUUCCUGCGACACAAGUCUCCAAAAAGCUCCAAGGUCAUUUAUAAAAUUCAAGGUAACCACCAGCAAGAGCAGUUUCAUCUCUCUCAGUGCUUACAUCUAACCCAUUGGCUCAGUGUAGAUAAUUCAUUCACAGAUUUUGGAGCUACUCAAAUUGAGUUUUGACACUUGCGAGCUGUGGGACUUUGAUCAAGUUACUUAACCCUUUUGAGCAUCAGUUUUAUCUGUAAAACAAACACUAAUGCCUCGGGACCAACUAGUUGUAGAGAUUAAAGAGAUAAGGUAUGAAAGAGAUGUAAUGCUCAUGGGGUUUUCAAUUGUCUUAAUGGAAGUUUUUCAAAUGAGAAAAGCAGUGUCUAUGUCGACGUAAGGUUACACGCUAAUAAUUCUUGGGAGGUGCUGUUCUUUACUCCGGAGUAUAUAAUUUUACAGUUUUGGUGUAAAUCCCCUUUUACGGUACCGGUAACUAUCUUCUUUAGGGGCGCACGUAAUCUAGCAAUCCCAUGUCGUCCUUCGUACCCCAGCUUUCUUUCCUCCCAAAUUAAAAAAAACCCCAAAACACAAAAAACCCUAUUUCUUAACAUUCAAGUGUGCGCACCACAUCAAAGGCCCACAAGCGUAGAACGCCCUGUGGAGGUCACCAGGCAACGCCUCCGGAUCCUCUAGAAAGGGGUGGGGUCAGAAGGCUCUCUGAUCUCAUUCCUCCUCCCCAGGUUGUCGCCCCUUCUUAAUUCUCGCGAGACUUCAAACAACUCAGCUUCUGCGCAUUACAAGACACAGGGAGUCAAGGCGCCAAGGGAGGGGGAGGGGAAGGGGGGAGACGGUGCAAACGGCGUAGCCGCCAUCUUGUUUGUGCCCCCGUUUUGCGCGCGCUCCGUUCUCCGUGACGCACGCUUCCCCCUCCCCUCCGCCGUGCCCAGGCCUCUGCAUUGCCCGACUCCGCAGGAGCGCGCAGGCGGCUCCUGCUUUUCCCUGGACUCCUGAGCGGAGGCGUUUGUCAGAAUGUCCACAGAAGGAGGAUUUGGUGGUACUAGCAGCAGUGAUGCCCAGCAAAGCCUACAGUCCUUCUGGCCUCGUGUCAUGGAAGAAAUUCGGAAUUUAACAGUGAAAGAUUUCCGAGUACAGGAACUCCCACUGGCUCGUAUUAAGAAGAUUAUGAAACUGGAUGAAGACGUGAAGAUGAUCAGUGCAGAAGCCCCUGUGCUCUUUGCCAAGGCAGCCCAGAUUUUUAUCACAGAGUUGACUCUUCGAGCCUGGAUCCACACAGAGGAUAACAAGCGCCGGACUCUGCAGAGGAAUGAUAUCGCCAUGGCAAUUACAAAAUUUGAUCAGUUUGACUUUCUCAUCGAUAUUGUUCCAAGAGAUGAACUGAAACCUCCAAAGCGUCAGGAGGAGGUGCGCCAGUCCGUGACUCCUGCUGAGCCCGUCCAGUACUACUUCACGCUGGCUCAGCAGCCUGCCGCCGUCCAAGUCCAGGGGCAGCAGCAGGGCCAGCAGACCAGCAGCUCUGCGACCACCAUCCAGCCUGGGCAGAUCAUCAUUGCGCAGCCGCAGCAGGGCCAGACCACGCCCGUGACCAUGCAGGUGGGAGAAGGUCAGCAGGUGCAGAUUGUUCAGGCUCAGCCCCAGGGUCAAGCCCAGCAGGCCCAGAGCAGCACUGGACAGACCAUGCAAGUGAUGCAACAGAUCAUCACGAACACAGGAGAGAUCCAGCAGAUUCCGGUGCAGCUGAAUGCCGGCCAGCUGCAGUACAUUCGCUUAGCCCAGCCUGUAUCAGGCACCCAGGUCGUGCAGGGACAGAUCCAGACACUUGCCACCAACGCUCAACAGAUCACACAGACAGAGGUGCAGCAAGGGCAGCAGCAGUUCAGCCAGUUCACGGACGGACAGAGGAACAGCGUGCAGCAAGCUCGAGGCUCUGAGCUAACGGGAGAGGCAGAGCCCAGAGAAGUGAAAGCCACAGGAAAUGCAACUCCCUGCACCUCUUCCCCGCCCACCACACACCCCCCCUCACACCGGGCCGGAGCCUCCUGUGUCUGCUGCUCCCAGCCCCAGCAGAGCUCCACAUCCCCUCCUCCCUCCGAUGCCUUACAGUGGGUGGUGGUUGAGGUAUCUGGGGCCCCCAGCCAACUCGAGGCCCCUAGGGAGCUGCAUGCCCCUCUCCCAGGGGUGACCUCACUCUCUCCUCUCCACCCCUCGCAGCAGCUCUACCAGAUCCAGCAAGUCACCAUGCCUGCCGGCCAGGACCUCGCCCAGCCCAUGUUCAUCCAGUCAGCCAACCAGCCCUCCGACGGGCAGGCCCCCCAGGUGACCGGCGACUGAGGGCCUGAGCUGGCGAGGCCAAGGACACCCAACACAAUUUUUGCCAUACAGCCCCGGGCGAUGGGCACAGCCUCCCUCCCCAGAGGACCCGGCCGACCUCCGCGCCUCCUGCAGGGCUAGGACACUGGUGCACUACACCCCACGCCUGGGGGCCGAGAGUCUCCAACAGAAAGAUGCAAUAUUUUUUAUUUCCCUUUUUCCAUUUUUUCUCCAAGGAAUCAAUAUUUCAGUAUGUUGAGCUGUGUGUCCAAUGCUAUGAAAUGAAAAUAUUAAAUAACAUAUUUAUGGCAUUUUCUUGAAGAGUGUGGUUGAAGAAAUAUUUCUUUUGUUUUCCUUUUUUUUUUUUUUUUUUUUUUUAUUCUUACCGCCACUUCUUUUCAGGAGCAAAUCUCCUCAGGAGGGUACGUUACCUCCUGACUCUUGGAACAGCUGCUGCCCCCAGGAUUUGCCACCUCGUUCUGCCCUCAGAUUGAGUUAGGUGACCGCGUAGCUUCCUGUUCACUAGUGGUCCUCUCCCGCGACCCUGUGCUUCACCCAGAGCUCUGUGUGUUUGCACCCAGAGGCCAUGGAAACAUUCCUUGCAUUUAAGAGAUGAACUCAUUCGCCAUGGAGAGUGGAUGGUUUCAUUUCCAAACCCUUCUCUCCCAGGGACCCAAGGAGACUAGAACUUUGUGCAUUUGCCUGCCCCCACCCCCAUUUUUUAUUUUUAAAAUGCAUUAAAAAUUGUGCUAGUCUCCUUUGCUGCAUGGACUUCAAACUGCAUGAAAUGCAAUAAAUCUCAUUUU